AUGGCGCUUAAUGGCACAAUGAGAGGCGUCGUCUGGGAGGGUGUCCCCUUCGAGAUGCCCAUCCGUUCUCUCCCAAUCCCCACCCUCUUAGCCGAAACCGAUGCUCUUGUCCGGAUUACAGCUUCCGCAAUCUGUGGUAGUGACCUUCAUAUCUACCGCGGCCUCUAUGGUAGCCCAGAGGUGCCUUGGACCAUGGGCCAUGAAGGCAUGGGCUACGUCCUGGAAGUCGGCGAAGCUGUGGCGCACGUAGAGGUCGGCGAUUAUGUCGUCAUCCCGGGAGGUACGGACAGCGGACAUCUAGAAAUGGAUGGUUUGGAGAUGGGAGAUGGUAGUGGCUGUCAAGCCGAGUAUGUCCGGGUUCCCUACGCCGACAUGAGUCUUAUCCCGAUACCCAAUGAGGUUGGCAGAGCAGCCAACAACACCAACAGCACCAGCACCAGCAGUGGUGCUCGCGACGUCGAUUACCUCUUUCUGUCUGACAUUUUUCCCACUGGCUGGGCCGCACUCGACUUUGCCCGCUUUGAGCCCGGCGACACGGUGGCCGUCUUCGGCGCUGGCCCUGUCGGUCUUCUGUCUGCACACUCGGCUAUCAUCCGUGGCGCUUCAAAGGUCUACGUCGUAGACUAUGUCCAGUCACGCCUUGAUCUCGCCGAGUCCAUCGGUGCGGUCCCGAUCAAUUUUGUCGACACUGAUCCCGUUGAAGAGAUCUUGCGCUACGAACCCAACGGCGGAGUGAUUAGAUCCGUCGAUUGCGUAGGUGCUGAGGCGUUUAAUCGUGAUCUCGAAAUCGAGCAAGACAUCAUCAUCAGGCAGAUGAUCGCCGUUACGAGGAUAGGGGGAGGUAUUGGUCAGGUUGGCGUCACGUCUGCGUUCCCCGAUACCCCUGGCACACCUCGUGGUUCCACCAUUUCUCCCAACAUCACCUUUCCACUUGCUAGUUUCCACGACAAGCGCUUGUCUUUCACUUCCGGUGGUGUGGAUCACAAGUCUUACGCGCCGAUGCUUUCAGAUCUUAUCUCGACCGGCAAAGCACGACCGAGCUUCAUUAUCGACCGUGAGAUCAAUAUCGAGGAGGCGCCGAAGUAUUACCAGCGAUUCGAGCGGCGGGAGGACAUCAAGAUUGUUAUUAGGUUUCCUUAA